GUGUUGCUGGGACGGACUGAUAACAACAGUGACUUCACUGCGGAAACGCUUAUGCGCGCUAAUUGUCGCUAUGCACGUCUUUGAUGUAUCUCGUUCACGCGUCAAGCGUGAUUAAGACUUCUCGCACAAGACAAGAGGUCUCUGCUCGCCGCGUCAGAGAAGCUAGCUUCUAUCAGUGCGAUAUAUUGCACGCCGCCAAGCCGACCGAUCGAGCGGAUUGCAUGUAACCGCAUCGACACGAAACUGCACGCGAUAGGAAACUUCCCGCAAUGGAUACUGGGAGAGAAGAGGAUCAUGGUAUACACAUGGACAGCAAUAGCAUCAGAUUUUCCAACUCGCCAGCCCGCAGAACGCAGGUCCAGCAGGUGCAAAGUCCAACUAAAAGCAUACAUCCCGAGCACAACGCCAUGAAUGAUCAAACGGAGUCGAUCCACAAGCAAGCGGAUUAUGGAAUGCGAACGACGGACUUCUUCGAUGAUGAGUCUGGUGAUGAAGGUGACGGGUUACCUCGAGCCAUCACAACGGAUACGUUUGACUCUAGAUCAAGGUCUCGUUCACCGGCCAAGCGUAAGCAGAUGCCACCUUCUGGGCAGUCAUUUGUGUCGAGAUGCGAGCCUAAGAGGGUCAGCAUGAAAGCAUUGGAGCCCGAAUCGGAAGGAUAUCAGCGAGUGGAUUCCAAUUUAGAUCGUCAAGUACCGAAUCCUGAUAUGGCGGACACGGAGUCUUAUGUUGGGUCUGUGGACGAGUUCUUGCCGCAAACGAGUCCAGGUGGAUCGCAGCUUCCAAAACCUGCUGCGCGACUGUCUUCCACGACGCGGUUUCGAACGUCCGGGCUAGGAUGGAAUGCUGCAUCGCAGGCGGCAAACUACCAGAACAUAUAUGGACACAAUCGUGGAUCUUCGACGUACUCCGACAAAGUUGACCAAAGACUUGGCGUGCAUCAGAUGGCUUAUGAGAUGCUCAUUCAGAACAUGAUCAAUGACCCAGAGUUGGUGAGCAACAAGCGAUCAACGCUGAAAGAACAGAGAAUCUCGAUGCUACCCGCAGCACUGCGCACAUUCGACCCUCGUAGCCCUCGGGACCAACUUCCCGCAAAUCCAUCGCCAGAACGAACAUCGUCCCAUCGUAGCGGCAAGAAGGCUCGUUUUGUGCCUUCGCCCAUUGAUGUGGGUGAUACACGGAAUUCUCUCCCAAGCGACCUCGUUCGAACACCGUAUCCACAUUAUCGAGAUUAUCGGAAGGAUCUACACCGAUCACCACCAAUUCCAGAGAGUCCUGGUGCUCUACAAUCAAGCGACAGUCUCCUGACCCUCAGCAUCCGACGCUCAAACCCGAACUCUCGACCACGCGUAACGACGCUCACGAUCCCGGCCUCGAAUGACUACUCUGCAAUACGGACGAAUGAGAAAGGCACUACGGAGCAACAUACUUCAUCCCACAACUUCGACGACCAGGACUUGUUCCAUCAAAUUCACAGCGCUUACAGAUCCCUCUCCGGUCCGUUUCUCCGUGCUUUCUCAGCGCGAAGUCUUUCUCGCAUCGUAGUAUCUGGUCCCACAACACGAGGCGCGGAUACUGGGCACGGCUGGCUGCUUGAUCCUCGGAGUCCAAGGAUUCUAGCGUAUCAAGGUCUCACGGAUACUUUUUCAGAAGAGAAGUUCAUGGAAAUGUAUCGCCGACCAGUGGCGGGCAGACAAAGAUUCGCGUUUGUGCAUUGGGCGAGACGGUUGGCUGGUGCUGGAGGAGGUUCGCAGCAAAAAGUUCGUUCGAGCACGAAUGAGAGGAAUGUUGAGAGAGAUGCUGAAGUUGAAGCUGAAGCUCCGCAAGGACAGCCGAAUGCAACGCCUUAUUCUCCGAACGAUUAUGGGGAAGACGAUGAUAUUAUCUUUCGAGCUGAACAGCCUGAGGGUUUGGAAUUCGUGGUCAGCUGGAGCGCAUCGAGGAUUCUUUGCGCUUUGACUGCGAUUCUGAUAUUUUCGAUUGCUGCGUGCUUACUGUGGAUCUUCCUUGGAGACCAAACAGCGCCCUCUGAGCCUUUCACACUAGGUAGUGCAGGCUUUCGAGGCGCGGGGGAUAGAGUGGAAAGUGGAGUCUUGAUUGGGGUUCUGGUCUUGCUAGUCGGUCUCACGGGCUUCGGAGGGUGGCUGGGUGUUAGCUGGUUGGUGAUGUGAGGUUGACAGGGCAGGUAAUAUGUUUCGUAAACUGUUGGAACUUUUUUUUUUCGAAGCAAC